CUCCAAUUUCCUUGAGAUUAUCAAGCGCAAGCAAACGGUUAUCUACGACCAUCUGAUGGCCAAGGGUGAAGGUCAAAAUGGUCGACAUGGUCAAGUGGCAGCUGGAGGAGACCCUCGGACGAUCGGAGGGGAUCAGACUAGUGAGUCUACAUCUGGAGGUGAUAGCAGUGGUCUGGACAUGAAAGCCAUUGUUACAAUCAAACAGACGAAAGCGGUUGCGAAGAAAUGUGGAGACAAAUGGCACGACUUUGGAGUGUAUCUAGAAAUUGACACGGGUGAACUGAACGACAUUCGAGAGAAACACAGAGACAGUCUGUCUGAUCGUCUCUUCGAGGUUCUUCAUAGUUGGAGUCUUCGUGAAGGACGAAAAGCCACCGUUGGAAAACUGAUUGCUAUCUCUGGUGAAGUAAAAGUUAAAGGAGCAGUUAUCACUGCUUUACAAUGGGAGCCAUAGCGACUUUAGAAAAUGGUGGAAAUGUGCUGAUGCAUUUAGAGCUUCAAUUUUACUGCUUUUUACAUGGCAAACAUUCUGCUGUAUUUUAAAGGUUUGAUUGGCUUGCAACUUUAUCAUGACUGAAGUUGUAUUAGUAAUUUACUACUUUUGCAGUCUGAAUGUUGCAUCUUGAGUGACCAUGCAGUGUAGAAAAUAGACCAUAAAAUCAAGAUUUAUACAGCAAUAGAAUAAC